UUGAGAUAUAUUUUGGUAGCCCACAAUCCCAAUCCAAUUACAAUAUUAUAUAUUGCAUUAAAGCUAGGGUUUUGAGAACCAUUGCAUUAAAGCCUAGGGUUUUGUGGUUCCAUUACAUCUCAAUCAAAGCCAAAACAUCUUCUUCUGAUUCUUCCAGCUUAUUAAGAAAGUUGUUAUGGCUUUAGGUUGGGAAUCGCUUCCAGAGGCCCUUUUGGAUUCAAUAUUAGAUAAUCUAGUCCCCAUUGCAGACUGCAUCAGGUUCAGUGCAGUUUGCAGGGCAUGGCGAUGCGUUGCGGUUGAGAGUUUCCGGCGGAUACGUAGAAGCAGUAGAUAUGGUCGUCUUCAACAACAGCAACUUCCAUUACUGAUGCUUCCCGCCAAAAACAGCAGGAGGCAGAGGCGCAGUUUAUACAGUGUGACCCAGACAAGGGUUUUUGCUUUCCAGUUACCUGUUCCUUAUAACGUGAGGUUUUGCGGUUCUUCCCAUGGGUGGCUGAUUAUGGUGGAUGAUGCUUUCAAGGUAACCUUAUUCAACCCAUUCUCUGGUGAAAUCAUCAAUCUUCCUCCUAUUAGGAGAUUAGCAUUCGAAAAACGAUUUCGAGAAGAAAUCAGUGAAAUAAUCUCCAAAGGAGAGGAAUAUGAGAGACAACUGAGAGAAGAAUAUGGUGAAGAAGUAAAUAUCGAAGAAGAAGAAGAAGAAGACGACGACGACGACGAAGAAGAAGAUGUGGAAGAGUACAUGGAAGAGGAGGAAGAUGGUGGAGAAGAUGACGUGAAGGAAGAAGCCAUUGAGCGCCGUAGUGAGUAUUCCAUUCUAAAGGGUGUAUUGUCCGCAGAUCCUAGUGUAAACCCAAAGGAAUAUGUGCUGAUGGUCAUAUAUGGUUUAGAGCAGCGGCUAGCAUUCAUCAAACCAGACGAUAAGGAGUGGACUUAUCUUGACGGUAGAACUUGCUGCUUUGAGGAUCAUGACAAAACAGAUUCCCCUCCUCCUGCCAGCCUGCUAUGGCAUAUGACUGACAUUAUUUUCUACAAGCAACGAUUCUAUGCCCUCUAUUGUAUGGGUCAACUUUUAUCUUGCCAUAUCGAUACCAGUACUGGUUUCAAAGUGAAGAAGAUAACUCCACAGGAUGGCUUGGGUCCUACCUUUGCUAAGGCGUAUUUGGUUGAGUCCCUUGAAGGAGGAGACAUCUUGAGGGUUUUAAGAAGAUAUGGUAAGAACAAAAUGACUACUGGGUUUAAGAUUUAUAGACUAGCGGAUGGUUAUGGAGAUCCGGAGUGGACUGAAGUAAAGAGCUUAGGUGACUUUGCCUUGUUCUUGGGAGAGAAUCAUUCUAUCUCGGUUUCAGCUUCUGAUUACCCUGGAUGUGAACCAAAUUCCAUAUACUUUUGUGGGGAUCAUAUUCGCUGCUCGCAUAGGAGACGGAAGGACCCUUAUGAUAUUGGUGUAUUCAACUUAGAAAAUGGAAGAGUUGUAGAGAGUUACACGUUAGGCGCUAUACAGUGGUCAAUGCCACCACCCAUUUGGAUUUUGCCAACAUUCAUGUGAAGCCAAUUCAGCAUAUCAGUUGUUUCCUAGGCAGACAUGGAUGUUACAAUCUAAUUUCAUCUAUUUAUAUAUAUAUUCUUGUUUUAUGUGA